AUGGCAAAAGAACAGGAAACUAUUACACUGAUCGGCUUGGGAACCAUUGGUAUCUCAUUCGCCGCCCUCCACCUUCGUUAUUCAAAUGCCAACAUCAGGCUAUACGACGUUCGCAACGAUUUGCAGCAACAUAUCGAAAGCCUCUUACCAGUGUACCUUGACUCGACAAAGAAAGAGGGUAAUAGUGACGACUUGUCUGUUCAACAACUGAUUUCUGAUGGCCGAAUUGUGAUAUGUUCUUCCCUAGAAGAAGCUUGCUCAAACGCAACCAUAAUCCAGGAGCAAGGACCAGACAAUGUGGAUUUCAAAAAGUCAACCUGGGCUCAAGUCAUUGAAUAUGCUCCGUCUGGUGCACAUCUAUGGAGUUCGACAUCUGGUAUACAGGCUUCGAAGCAGGUGGAAGAUCUUCAAGACAAGUCGAGGGUGCUUGUGGUUCAUCCUUUCAACCCGCCUCAUAUAAUGCCACUCAUCGAAGUCGUUCCAUCGUCACACACAACACCUGAAAGAACCCAGUUUGCGAUUGAUUAUUUUAGAAGUCUAGGAUCAGGUCACCGUCCCGUCAGAAUCAACAAAGAAACCCAGGGCUUCGUCGGCAACCGUCUAGCUUUUGCCCUCUUCCGCGAAGCAUGUCACUUGGUCGCCAAUGACGUUGUCUCAGUCCAGGACCUGGACACUAUUGUUGAAGCCAGCAUUGCGCCGCGAUGGGCUGUAGCUGGUCCAUUCAACACCUACAACAGCGCUGGCGGAACAGGUGGUAUUGCGGCAUUUUUGCAUAAUUUGGCUGAUACUAUGGAAGCGUGCUGGGAUGAUGGAGCCAAGGUUAGCCUGAAAGGAACGUCUGCCACCAGGUCUGGCGAAGACAGGGAUGAGAGUGAAGAUUGGACGGAUAAGAUUUCGAAAGAGACGGAAAAGGUUUAUGGACGACCAACGGCGGAAUCACUGGCGAAGCGUGAUGGGAAUUUACAAAAGAUCAUAGCAGCUCAGCCCCACGAGGCUUAG